AGGUCGUCCUCUUCCGCGGCUUCCCCCAGCGGGUACUGCAUCGAAUACUUUCAGAGCUGGAGUGUUUUCUUCCACCCGUACAACAUGACCUAGCCAGAGUAGCCUAGCCAAAGCCUCUGUGGAGCCCAUAUCCAUAUCAUAUUUAACGACAGGGAAACAUGUAAUGUACCUACCUAGCAAAGAGCCAAAUACAACCAACGCACGUAAUGGGGACACAUGUAGAACGUCCAUGCAGAAAUGUGAACCGCAACAGUGCAAACAAUGCCAGAAAAUAGUACAUCAAAGCUUACAGGAUGAGUUAACGCCUCCAAAAUCAAAUGUACCUGUAAAAGAUGCUUCGGGUCUUGAAAAGUUGCAACAAUUUACAUUCCAAAGUACCAUGCGCCGACUUAAAAAAAGACGUUUGGCUGAACGGCUUGCAAAAGAUGUUAAACUGAAAGAAGCGCAGCGAAAAACUGAAUUGGAAGCCAUGAAGCGUGUCGAAGAUGAUUUCCAGCGCAAACGCGCAAUUGAAAAGGCCAAUAUUCGCUAUCAGUUACAGUUACAUUUUAAUGCUGAGCAUGUUAAGAAGGACGCAACUGUAACUGAUAACGUGAAUUUAUUUCCUGAAGCUCCACAUUUUUCACAAUACGAUCGAAACAUCCACAUUGGUUGUCGUGCUGAUCCGGAGGGUGCUGUGUCCACGCCGUCUUCACGGUGUACUGUUACUCGUACCAGUGAGAGCGCGCAGAACUAUUCAGAUUGUGGCGAUGAAAGCGAUACGGAUGCAGCUGAAUUAGUCAACUUUCAACAUACGGAAACCUUGCUGGAACCAUAUCUCCAAUCGAUAAUCAAUUAAUUUAAACACUGUAUAUACAUGUUAAGUUUAAAGUAAUUCUAAUGUGAAAAUGAAAUGGAAACUGACAAUAAUGAAA